AUGUGGAAAGGUAAUAUAAAUAGUUUAUUAUUCUUAGGACAAUCAUUAAAUUUAACUCAUUCACAUAUACACUUAAUUAUAUUUAUCAAAAAAGACUAUAAGAAGGAAUCAAAAUGUUGUGAUUUUGCAAUUUAAUUGAAUCCUAAAAAUGAUAUGGCUUUUAAUAAUAAAGGUGUUACUUAAACAAAUUUGAAAUAAAUAGGUUGAGCAUUAAGCAAUUUAAAGAAAUAUCAAGAAGCUACUGAAUGUUAUGAUAAAACAAUUUAAUUAAAUUAAAUGCUAAUGCUUAUAACAACAAGGGUUCAUUAUUCUUUUUAUUUAUUAGCCAUUGCUUUACAUCAAAUGAAAAAAAUUCAAUAAGCAAUAAAAUUUUAUGACAAGGCUCUAUAAGUAAAGGUAUUCACCUCCUUUAAUUAAAAAUUUUAGCGGAAUCUUUACUUGCUUCUGGAAACAAAUCUGAAGCUAAAACUUGUUUUUUUAAAGCUCUUAAUGAUCAAGAUUAUAUAAAGGGAUAAUUAUUAAUUUUAUGAGAAUCAUUUCAUUAUAUACAUAAUAAUAAGUUAUCAAUAUGUAUUAAUUCCUUUUUUUCUUAUUCUAAUAUAUCUAUUAAACAAAAGAAACUCAUAGUUAUACUAUUAUUUUAAUUCCACAUUUCUGUUCUAAGAAAAUGAAAUACAAAAUUUCUAAUUUCUAUCUGAAUAUACAAUCUGA